AUGAGCACAAAAGAGAAGAUUUGCUUUCCUUCCGAAAAUAAACAAGGCGCCUGUCCCGGAGUGCUCACUGGGGAUGUAAGUAAAUCAACGAUGGGUCUUGUUGUCGUGCAGGAAUGGUGGGGGAUGAAUGACAUCAUAAUUGACGAAGCUGCAGACAUCUCUGGAAGAGGCAACUUGGUAACUCUAGUGCCCGAUCUUUAUCGAGGGAAGGUUGCAACUGAUCAUGAAACAGCCGGACAUUACAUGUCUGAUCUGGACUGGCCUGGAGCGGUGCAAGAUAUCGCUGGAGCUGCCAAAUUUUUGAAAGAAAAAGGUUGGUCCAAUAUUGCCUUUGGGAGAGGGGUGGGGGACUUCAUAGAGGGUGGCAAAGAGUUUGUGCUUGAUGCGUGAUCAAGCCCAAAAAUAAUACGUGACACGUGAAUUUUACAGCAACGAAAGGCAAGGUGGAAUUUGAAGUUUUCUCAUUUAAAUUCAUGACGUGGGAAAUACUUUGACACGUGAGUUUUUCUCAAAUGUGCACGCGAAACGAGUUCAGGCCCACCCAGCCCCCCCCCUCCUCCUCCCUCUUGCUACCCUCUUCACAAUGUUGAAUAGAUACGGCAUAUAAGUAGUGCUAUUGGGAAUCUGUUGUAAGAAAACACUCUCCAGGACAAGGAAGAAUUUUGGGUACAAAAUAGUCUUUCAUUUUCUUUUCAUUAUUUUCUAUUACAAUUUUUUCUGCUUACUCUUGGGUUGUAAGAGACAUGUUAAAAGUACACCCUGAACUUAUCAAGAAGCCUUUGUUUUAGGGUAGCACCAUGUCUUUCCCAGAAAACUGCAUGCAAAUUGUUUGUAUUAAAUUAAUGAUCUGUGUGACUUUUUCUUUCAUCUCUAAGAGGUUUCAGACAGAGCUCUCAAAUUUUUAUACAGUUAAAGGAUAAAGUUUUUUCAACCACAUCACAUAGCUGUUGCUUGUGAUGCCAUGGACAAAUGCCUUUUUACAAAGGGGUGGGGGGUCAUGCUCCCCUGGAAAAUUGAGAUGAACAAGCAUAGCUAAGACAUUUGUUGCUUUAUUCAGAACGUGUGUUGAUAAAGUCCAUGUUACCAGCUUGCAUUGACAUGUGAGCAUGUGCAAUAAUGGAUAAUCCUACUAAACCAUGGAAAGGUUGCUCUGAAUGAGAAUUACCUCUGUUAGAAAAUAUUUGAAGCAAGUACAAAGGAAAUAAGGAAUAAAUUAUUUCUAGAAAAAUAAAGCAGCAUCUCUCUAAAGGUUUUCUUAACUUCAUACUUUGUGGCUGGUAGGUCCUCUUUUCUACCCUGAUCUCUGUGUUAUCUUCCCCUUCCCCAGCCACUCCCCCCUCCGAAAAAAAGAUCUCUUUUAAUUGUCAUUAGCCACCUUAGGUCUGUAAGUAAGUCGAUCAUCUGGCCAAAUUAUAGUUAGAAGGGGUGGAUCAAUUGUAAUCACCAUUUUCGAUAUUUUCCUACUCAGAUUGCUCGUGCAAAAGGGUAUAUUCUGCAAAAAUGCUUGUACUUAUCUGUCUCAGGAAAAAAUUUUCAAGGACAAUGUUUUUAUUUGAAUUAGAGAUCAGUAAAUUGUUGCUGGUGAUGUUGAAAUAACUUCCAAUUGUUGUCUUCCAUGGAAAUUUCUCCUUUCCCCUUGUUUGUGCUUAGACCACCUCUCAGCAUGAGCUUACUCAUGGCAUAUAAUUUAAUUGGUGCUUUUAGCCUACAAGAUGGUAAUUUCUUUCUAUGUAAAAAAUUUCUCUGACCCCUUAUCAAAGCUGUGCUUUUGAAUGAAUGACUGAUUGCCUGAAGGCUCAAAGAUCAAAAAUCUGGGGUGCCUAUUGCUUUAAAAACUUUCUUGAAAGAAUAGUUUUACAAGUUGCUCAGAGACAAAAGGAGGCUUCCUGAAUCACCCCCACUCUGUCAGUGCACAGGUCUUCCAAGUAUGCCAGAGCACAGGCCUGCCAAGUAUACCAGAGCACAGGCCUACCAAGUAUACCAGAGCAAGUAUGCCAGGUUACCUUAUCCUUUUUCUUUUAAGGUUGCAAGAAAGUGGGUGUGACAGGCUUCUGCAUGGGUGGGGCUCUGUCUCUGGCAGCUGCGGCACUGAUUCCUGAAGAGAUUGCAGCAGCAGCUCCUUUCUAUGGCAUCCCCAGUGCAAAGCUGUGUGAUUUGGGGACAAUCAAGAUACCUUUGCAAGCUCAUUUUGGGAGUAAGGAUAAUCUUGAGGGGUUCUCAUCACCAAAAGAUGUCAAAGCUUUAACAGAGAAGCUGGAUGCUGGAGGAGUGAAGUAUGAGCUUCAUAUGUAUGACACUGGCCAUGCUUUCACCAACCCAACCAACCCAAAUUACACUAAAGAAAUUUGUGAUUUGGCUCUUGGAAGGAUGAUAGAUUUUAUGAAAAAGCACUUGGCAUAA